CGCAAUGACUUUGAAUCUACAAUUCGUUGUAAAUGAGUCAGAUUUCCAGAUAUCUCUCAGCCGUAAAUGACUAGCGACACUAUAUAACACGCUUUUUGCCGGUACAUGUUGUUCAUUUCCCAUUCAUACUUCAUCAAGCUUUGAUCAAAUCACAGAACUGUGACAAUGUUUUCUUCGAUCAACGUGUUUUGCGUGUUGGUCGCUAUAUCGGUGUGCGCUUCAUUGCCGAGAAUGCACUUUAGAGACUAUGAUUCGGUAGUGAUAGAAGCCGAUUUAUUUGUUUGUAGUGUUCCACAACCAAGAGCCGUCUCAGUAAGCAGCUUAACAGGAGAAACCACUGAUAUUUACGAUCCCCCAUACGUAGUCCUACAUCGAUGUGGUCAAUCUGGCUGCUGUCCUAGCGAAGAACAGAGUUGUCGACCAGACAAAACAGUCACCGUAGAAUUGGAAGUCAAAACAUGGAUGGAUGAGCCAUUAAUAAUAAGAGCAAAAAAUCACACGUCCUGUGCUUGUCUGGACACUGCUGGACCCAUUAAAUAAAUAGAUUGUGUAAUUUAUUAUCGAAAGCAUCCGUUUAAAGUGCAAAUGGUUCCUAGAAUAGCAACUGAUAUUAUGACGUACGGAUAUUCUUUAUACAUGGUGUUGGUUGGUACAAAAAGUUCGCUGGGAUAGGGAAAGUUUCCUAUUUUUUACUGUUGGAGUGAAGUAAUUCCGCAUAAAACUUGAUUCAAUUACUCAGUUAUAUUUUUUACGUUUGUUGCGAACUUUAUGCUGCACCCUGUAUAUCACCUUGACUUAUAGAAAAAUAGUAUUAUGAUUUUUUGUUUUUUUAUCGUUAUAUUUGCUAGAUUUUAGUAUAUUAUUUAUUUUUUAUUUAUAUAAAAAUGUUACUUUAAUUACUGAGUUACUGAUCUCCAAGUCAUCUUAGGUUUUAUAUUAUAAAAAUAAAAAAAAAAUAUCCAGGUGCAUUAUUAGAACUCUUUAUCAGCUUUGCCAUAAUUUAAUGAAAUAAUACGUAGUUAUAGUUAAUAAUAAACAUAUAAAAUUAAUUAUUUUCAAAAUGUAUCGAUAUUUUCAGAUAUCAAAAAUUUUCAAAAAGAUUUGUUGUGUUAAAACUUCAAGAACAUUACGCAAAUUAACGAUGGUUUUUGACUAGUUUGCGAACUAAAUUCAUGGUAUUUAGAUAAAGUUUGAACUUAAUAUUCUAUAUAAUAUCAUAAUAACCUAAUAACCAUCUCUUUGGUUAAUAGAACUAACCAAUUACAAUUAGAUAAUUUCUAACGUGUAUGACAAAUGUUGUGCGUUGUAUUGUGAACUGUUUAUACCUUCUGAAAUCUCUUGAAAUAUGCUUGAAUCUGGUUAUUACAAAGUGAUUAAUGAUGAUUCAAAUAAAUAAAUGAAAAAUCUAUUUUUGCAAGUUUACAAAUUACUGGUAGAAUUCAGAAUUAAUUAAAGAUUGUAAUUAUUACAGUUACAGUUUAUAUAUGAACAUUUUAAUUGUAAAUAUACAUCCUUUAACAUAUCAUACUGUUAUAAAACUAAUAGUUAUCUAUACAAUACCCUUAAAUUAUAGUAUAUGUAUUUUGUGAUACAUCUUUCUAUAUGAACUUGUGUCUUACCUUGUGUGAUUACACAUGGUAAGACACGACUUAAGUAGUAAGUUGGGUAGUAAAGUAAGACUUACUUAGUUUCUAUAUAAACUUGUUACUUACUUGUGUGAUUAGAUAUUAAUAAUUUUAUGUAUUAUGUAAAUAUACCAAAGACAAUCUUGAAGAUUUUCUAAGAUUGAAAUGUGACUAUUUUUAUUAAAUAUUAAAUUAUUGUGUUUGUGGAAGUUUUAAACUAGCAAUAAUGUGUGUGGCAUAUAGAUGUUAGUAAUUGUUGUUUGUUUCUAUUUAUUUCUAGUAUUAGGUAAUUUAUUCUGUUUUGUAUUUUGUAAUA